UGAAACAGGAAGCUGUAGAAGAAUAAAUGGCAAAGAAACAGUAAAGAUGCUUUUUCGGGAGCUGACAUUCAACUUGGCAAAUACCGUACACUUCAUCCUGCAGUAUUUCAGGGGACCCAGGAAAAUGCUUCCACCCGUGAUAGUAAUGUUCAUGCUCAUCUCUUUUACCUGUGGAGAAAAUCCUGCACUACAAGUGACCCUGACUGACAAAGGACUUCAGUACGGAAAGAAUGUAGGUACAGAAUGGGUUCAGGAGAGGCUGGCGCUUGUCACUCUCCCUGACAUCAAUGGUAAAUUCGGCUACGGCAUCAUGAGCAUCGACUACACACUAACAGGCAUCACCAUAGCAAAGUGUGACUUGCCAGAGCCGUCUGUUCAGUUCUAUCAGGACACCGGAGGAUUCAAGACAUCCAUCUCUGGCCUCAGUGUGGCACUAACUGGCGGGUGGAUGACAAACUUUGGCAUAAUACAUGACGGGGGAUCAUUCAACAUGGCUAUAUUUAAUAUGGAUCUGACCUCUAUAGUGAAGCUGGGGAAAGAUGCUGACGGGCAUCUGUCUGUCACCAGUGUCCACUGUGAUGCUCAUAUUGGAGAUGAGCAGAUACAAUUUCACGGUGGAGCUAGUUGGCUGUUCCAGCAGGUUGUGGAUCUUUUCAAGGGGCAAAUCAAGGGCAAAAUAGAGGGCACAAUCUGCCCUUAUGUGAUGGAAUCCAUUGAAACCUUGGAGUACCACCUACAGGCCAUGAACGUUUCCUUUGAUGUGGAUGAAGCCUUUACUUUUGACCUCUCUCUCACCGGCGCACCCCUCAUUAAUGCAUCAAGUAUGAAUCUGGGUCUUAAGGGAGUGUUGUACGAUAUCGAAACUCACAAAGACCCUCCCUUUGAGGCCCAGCCUUUCACCCUGCCUGAGCAGCCUGGCUACAUGUUUUCAAUGGGCCUGUCUGAAUUCACUCUGAACUCUGCCGCAUAUGGAGUCUACUCAGCUGGAUGGCUUAAGGCCCUAAUCACUGACAGCAUGAUACCUCCACACUUCCCUGUGCACCUAAAUACCAGCUUAAUGGGGCCUUACAUUCCUCAGCUUCCCAAGAUGUUUCCAGGUCUGCUAAUGAAUCUGCAGAUUUAUGCCAGAGAGUUUCCAAUGUUUUCCUUCCAUCCCGGUGUUGUUAAACUGGGCUUACAGGGCGCUGUUAAAGCUUUCGCCAUCCAGCCAAAUGGUACACACACCCCACUGUUCAAACUCAACGUUGACUCAAAAUUCAGCGGUAAAGUGCAGAUUGUUGGUAGAAGACUGAACGGCUCCAUGGCAUUGGAUAAUUAUACACUGACGCUGGCGGGGAGUGAAGUGGGACCUUUUAAGACUGAUACUUUAGAACGCUUCACGCGGGGGGGAAUGAUGAUGGCCUUAUCAAAACUGAACGUGGCCCUGGGCAAAGGUGUUGAUUUACCCAGAAUGAGACACGCACAGCUGGUUAACACAGUUUUGAGUGUGGAAGAGGGAUUUGUAGCUAUCUCUUCAGAUGCUCAGGUGCUGACAGACAGAGGCUUCAACUGACAAAUAUCGAUGCUCUUCAUCUCAGUUAGGAUUCUUAAACUUUAAACAAGUAAACAACCUGGAUUUGUCUACAUCUACAGCCUUCACGUCAAGUCAACAGUGAUUAAGCCUGCAGCUCACUUUUUUGUAUAAAUGCUUAUAAAGUGGUAUUCAGCCUCAAAUCAUUUAGCCUUAAUGUAAAGUUCUAACCUUUUUUUAACACAAUGUACUAACAUUAAAUGUGUUUUUAAAAGUGCAUUCCGACUGUUUUAAUAUAUAAAAAGAGACAUAGCUAAUAAAAGGGUCAAUUUCUUUUAAAUUCCUCUCAUGGGUCAAGGUUUUGUUUGUAGAAAAAUUAAGCAAUUAUGGUAAGUUACAGCAUGCUGUAACAAAUAGGCCAUUGUUCAUACUACCACCAGAGGGGACCACAUUUGAAAUAUACAGAAAUGUGUAGAAAUACAGGGUUAGGAUUCUACUGGACAGUAGUACUGCCUGGGGAAAUAAUUCAAAUGUUAUGCAAUCUUUGACCCCCAGGAAUAAGAAUAUCUUCUUUUAUCUGCAUUUUUCAUUUAAGAACCAAUUUAGUGGUAUUGUGAAAUAAAUGAAACAUGAAUUUG